UGACUGCUUUACUCUCUCAUUCUUGGAGUGUUUGAAUAUGACUUUUGAUGAUCUUAAGAGCACGACUAUGAAGGAUACACCUGAUCAGAAGACAAAUGGAGAGGAAGUUAAAGGUCUUCAUUUUCUUUCUUUUCGGUGCUGGUGCCCCUUGGCUGUGACUCUAGGGAUCCUUUCUCUGGGAUUAAUGGUGACCAUCAUAAUGUUGACAAUACAAUUAUCCCAGGUAUCUGAUCUUCUAAAGCAACAGCAAGCAAACCUUACUGACAAGGAAAAUAUACUGGAGGGACAGAUUUCAGCCCAGAAGCAGGAGAAAAAGGCAUGCCAUGAGUUACAGAGAGAGCUCAAGGAGAUGAUUGAAACCCUUGCCCAGAAGCUGGAUGAGAAAUCGAAAAAACUAAUGGAACUUCAUCAACAGAACCUGAAUCUCCAAGAAGCUUUAAAGGAAGCAGCAAAUUUUUCAGGUCCUUGUCCCCAAGACUGGCUCUGGCAUGAAGAAAACUGUUACCUAUUUUCCUCUAACCCAUUUAAUUGGGAAAAAAGCCAGGAGCACUGCUUGUCUUUGGAUGCCCAGAUGCUGAAAAUUAACAGCACACAUGAUCUGGAAUUCAUCAAGCAAGCGAGUGCCCAUUCCAAUUUCCCCUUCUGGACCGGGUUGUCUCUGAGAAAACCCAGCGACUCGUGGCUCUGGGAGGAUGGCUCUCCUUUGAUGCCCCACGUGUUUAGACUCCAGGGAGCUGUUACCCAGAAGUAUCCUUCAGGCACCUGUGCAUAUAUUCAUAGAGGAAUUGUUUUUGCUGAAAACUGCAUUUUAAAUGCCUACAGUAUAUGUCAGAAGAAGGUGACUCUAUUGAGAGUGCAGUGAAUUUGAAGGCUCUGGAAGAAAAGGAGGAGCCCGUCUUUGGAUUCUCUUCUGGAAUUUUUAAGCUAUUCUUCCUCACUUGGGUGCAAACCUUGAGAGCCCCCAAAACAGAUGCUAGCUGACUGCAGAGCUCAUAGCAGAAAACAGGGCUCCAGCCGCCAGAUGCCUUUGUAGCAGAAGUUUCUAUUCUAUCUCUGUCUAUAUUUUUUCACCCAUUGUCCAGAGCUUCCCAGCCAGCCUUUGGUCUCUCUUCCUUUUUAUAUUUUAAUGUUUUGCACUUCUUCAAGCUCUGGGAACCCCCUCUACCUCGUUGCCAUGUUCCCGUCACCCUCUUAAAACUGCAUAGAUGUUAGAACAGGGAGGCAUUGCCCAACUGCAGACAGGGCGCAAAAAACAGGAAGCUGUGUGGGAAACAGAGCGCAUGAAGAAAUCGAAAAGGUCAUAGUGAAAUCAAGAAACUCACGUCCUCAACGUUAAAAGAUACCACUUGUUGGUCUUUGAAAUCCUGGUUUCUCUCCAGACUCUCCCACUUACACACACACACAAACACACACCCCAUAUCCUCACAUUUUGGGGCAACUGGAAUGUUUCAGGAAGUAAUUAGAAAUUGGACGGUCUUUUCUGUGAACUAAUCUACAGUUAAAUAUCAGUUCCUGAAUCAGUUAUUUCUUCAUCUUUUCUCUAUCAAAAGGCAGCUUAAUACCUUUAAUUCUUCCAAAUAGUAUUAGUUAGAUUCAUGGGGUAGAUGGCCCAGAGGGAAAAACAGUUAAUUUUUUUUUUCUGCUGCAGUACAUACCUUUUAUUGAUGACCUCCUCUCAAUUCUGUUAUACUAUGCUAUAAUGAAGAAACACACAAGACCAAAAACUAAUGACA